AUGUCCGGCGGCUACCUGACAGUUCGACUUGCGCUCAGCCACGGUGUGAACGGGAUUGGCGUGUGGUCGGUCGACACGGACGACUUCAGAGGCGUGUGUGGCACCGGCAAAUACCCGCUUCUCAGCGCCAUCAACCGCGUGCUCCAGGAGAACUCGAUACCUGAUAAAAAAAGACCCGUGAUGCCUUCAUCGACCACCGAAAGGAAUGUACCGACGAUGCCGAGGCCUGUAUCUGGAUGUAGCGUCGUCGCCACGAGUAAUGUGAGCUUGGCUGUUCUCUCCUGUGGAUCACUGAAUGAAGAUCCAGCAGAAUGUGAUGCUGGCGACACCGUCCCGCCUCAAAGCGUCGUGCUGGCCACGUGCUGGGAGACUGCAGACAUGACUGUCAGAUGUCACGAUGACGGAUUCUGGAGACCGUUCGUACAGGAGGACGGAUGGCUUGAAAAGAAGAUGGCUAUUCUAUGUCAGCCGUACUACCUCAACUCGGAAGUCUGCGGUCGCCGUACGAGCUACGCCAGCACAGGCGCGGCGCUCAACACCCAAGACUUCGAUAGACCGCGCAACCGCUGGCCGUGGGUGGCGAGUCUGCUACGAGCCCACUGUGUCACCAGGACUCCGGAAACCAGCACUGAAGCAAUGGAGACUGCGCGUCUCAAGGUUGAGGUUGGAGCCGCUCACUCCAGGCUGGAGGUGACGGAACAAAUUCAGAUGAGAGUUAAUUAUUUGACCUAUGCUGAGAACCUCAAGAAUUUCCUGCAUGG